GUCACGAAUGGAAAGUACACAUUCUGUUGGUUCCGUUGCACUGAGAGACCGACGACAACAACCGGACGGCCCGCAGCUACACCGGCCCACCGGCCCAUGACACUCACUUAGGAGCGCGAGUUCAGCUGACGACGACAUGGAGAAACCUCCGUUCAGGCAGAACCAGAACUGCGGAGACUGGGAGCUGAAGGAGAGACUGGGAAUGGGAGGCUUCGGUCACGUUUACCUGUACCAGCAUCAUGACACCGGGGAGAAGCUGGCCCUGAAGAUGUGUUGUCUGGAGCUCACUCCGAGGAACAAGGACCGAUGGAGCCGAGAAAUCCAGAUCAUGAAAAAGUUGAACCACAUCAACGUGGUGUCGGCCAGAGACGUCCCCGAAGAGAUGAGGCACAUCGCCCUGAACGACCUCCCCCUGCUGGCCAUGGAGUACUGCUCCAGAGGAGACCUGAGGAAGAUGCUCAGCAAACCUGAAAACUGCUGCGGGCUGAAGGAGAGCGAAGUGCUGUCCUUACUCAACGACGUCGGAUCUGGGAUCCAGUAUCUUCACCAGAACAAGAUCAUCCACAGAGACCUGAAGCCGGAGAACAUCGUGCUGCAGGACAUCAACGGGAAGCUGGUGCAUAAGAUCAUAGACCUGGGCUACGCUAAGGACCUGGACCAGGGCAGCCUGUGCACCUCCUUCGUCGGCACGCUCCAGUACCUGGCCCCCGAGCUCUUUGAGAACAAGCCCUACACGGUGACGGUGGACUACUGGAGCUUCGGCACCAUGAUCUUCGAAUGCAUCUGUGGUUUCCGGCCGUUCCUCCACAACCUGCAGCCGGUGCAGUGGGCGAGCAAAGUGAGGAUGAAAUGCCCGAAGGACAUCAUGGCUGUGGAGGAGCUGAACGGAGAAGUCCGCUUCUCCACCCACCUCCCGUACCCCAACAACCUGAGCCGGACGAUGCUGGGCCCCAUGGAGAGUCUGCUGCAGCUGAUGCUGAUGUGGGACCAGGGCUACCGAGGAGGAACCGUGCAGCCCGACUCCAAGAGGCCCAGAUGCUUCGAGGAGCUGGAGAAGAUCCUGAGCAUGAAGGUGGUCCACGUCCUGAACAUGAGCUCGGCCCAGGUGCACUCGCUGCAGCUGUCCCCGGAGGAGAGCCUCCACAGCCUGCAGCAGCGCGUGGAGGCCGAGACGCGCAUCGAGGUGGCCAACCAGGAGCUGCUGCAGGAGACCGGCGUGUCGCUGGACCCCCGCAAGCCCGCCGCCCAGUGCGUCCUGGACGGGGUGAGAGGCUGGGACAGCUACAUCGUCUACCUGUUCGACCGGAGCAUCACCAAGUACUCCGGACCGCUCAGCGCCAGACAGCUGCCCGACAAGGUCAACACCAUCGUGCAAGAGGCCAAGACGCAGCUGCCCCUGGCGCUGCUGAAGAAGGUCUGGGGGGAGGCGGUGAGCUACAUCUGUGGGCUGAAGGACGACUACAGCCGGCUCUUCCAGGGCCAGAGGGCGGCCAUGCUCAGUCUCCUGCGCUACAACACCAACCUGACGAGGUGUAAGAACAGCAUGUUCGGCUUCUCGCAGCAGCUGAAGGCCAAGCUGGACUUCUUCAAGAGCAGCAUCCAGUACGACCUGGAGAAGUACAGCGACCAGAUGCACUACGGCAUAUCCUCUGAGAAGAUGCUGAAAGCCUGGCAGGAGAACGAGGAGCGAGCUGCCGCCUUCGCUCAGGUGGCAGAGGUGAGCCACCUGGACGACGAGAUCAUGGCUCUGCACUCUGAGAUAGUGGAACUUCAGAGGAGCCCGUACGCUCGACGGCAAGGAGACAAGAUGGAGCAGCUAGAAGAAAAGGCGAUCGAACUCUACAAACAAAUGAAGAUGAAAUGCAAAAUCCCCGAGGCGGAUGUGAGCAGCGACAGCUCUGAGAUGGUGAAGGCCAUCAUCCAGACGGUCCAGAACCAGGACAAGGUCCUCAAAGACCUGUACACGCACCUCAGCAAGAUCCUCAUCAGUAAGCAGAAGAUCAUCGACUUGUUUCCGCGCAUUGAGAAAACCUUGGAGAGCAUCAAGGACGCCGACAACACGGUGAUGCAGAUGCAGAUCAAGAGGCAGCGAGAGUUCUGGCACCUGCUGAAGAUCGCCUGCGCUCAGAACCUGACCCGUAACUCCAUCGCUGCCAGCCCCGAGGCCUCCAACCUGCUGCAGGUGUCCCAGUGGUCCCAGUCGGCUCAGCCAGUCAGCUCCCCCCACCCCCUCACCUCCCUCCCCGGGCCCAAUGACAGUGACGCGGCGCCCCGCCUGCUGCAGGAGAACGAGCGGUACCUCAGUCAGCUGACCAGCCUGAUGCAGGAAGCCACCGACGACCAGACCAAGAGCAUCGCGGACCAGGACUGGAGCUGGACCAAAUACGAAACCCUGACGACGAAGUUAAAAAAGAGGAAUGCGUGAUGAGCGUUGAACAGGAACCAAAGACUCUGAGACUCCAGCGGUUAGAAAAUGACCCUCGGAGCUCACGGCGUCGCCCGCCUGUUCAAUUCCCGCCACCGCGAAGCCGACGCUCUACCUUCUUUUUCUUUUUCUGCACAAUAUCGACCGUCAUGAACAUCGGAGGAUCUUCAUCACGCCGUCACAACAACGGAGCGACUGUACGCCAGGUCUGAAACAUGUGAAUCAGUUUGACUGACGAACAGAAAGUGGCCGGGGGGGGCAGCACUUUGGUGUCCAACGUGUCCUCUGUGUACGGAGACGGUUUCCAGGCUAAUGUUCAGAUUCAGUUCGACCGCUGAUGCCUCGUCAUCGGUGUGAUGCGUUGGCCGGCUCAGUCCGGUUAGUCUUUGUAGACGAUGGUUUUACUUUAUGAUGCCGUUCUGUAUCAUGAGGGAGAAGUCUGGGGUCACGAGGUCAGUGACGGGCGCGGCCGGCCUUCACUCAACGUUCAGGAGCACAGAUUGUUUCACUGGACGGGUCAAACCAUUUGUUCACGUCGUAGAAACGGUUCAAACCAUUUGUUCACGACGUAGAAACGGUUCAAACCAUUUGUUCACGACGUAGAAACGGUUCAAACAAUUUGUUCACGACGUAGAAACGGUUCAAACCAUUUGUUCACGACGUAGAAACGGUUCAAACCAUUUGUUCACGACGUAGAAACGGUUCAAACCAUUUGUUCACGACAUAGAAACGGUUCAAACAAUUUGUUCACGUCGUAGAAACGGUUCAAACCAUUUAUUCAUGACGUAGAAACGGUUCAAACCAUUUGUUCACGUCGUAGAAACGGUUCAAACCAUUUGUUCACGUCGUAGAAACGGUUCAAACCAUUUGUUCACGACGUAGAAACUGUUCAAACCAUUUGUUCACGUCGUAGAAACGGUUCAAACCAUUUGUUCACGACGUAGAAACGGUUCAAACCAUUUGUUCACGACGUAGAAACGGUUCAAACCAUUUGUUCACGUCGUAGAAACGGUUCAAACCAUUUGUUCACGACGUAGAAACGGUUCAAACCAUUUGUUCACGACGUAGAAACGGUUCAAACCAUUUGUUCACGAUGUAGAAACGGUUCAAACCAUUUGUUUAUGACGUUCAUGAGAAAUCAAUCUGACAGGAAACGAUGACGCAAUCAAUAAAUCAUCAGAUGAAUCGAGUCAUAAUCAAUAAAUUGUUUAAUCUCCAUUUCCUCAAAUAACUUCAAGCCAACAGUCUGAAACCCAAAGACGGAAAUCUACUCGGAGUCUCCGUGGAACCGAUCAAUCGGUGUGAACCAGGAGCCGAUCGCUCAAUCGGAGCGAUCGGGACCGUUCCGAUCGAUCAAUCGGAGCGAUCGGGAGCGUUCUGCGGUCGUAUUUAUGAAGUUUAUUUAGUUUGUAUUUAAGUCGUUUUCUUUUCAAAGAUCAAAUGUUUGUCUGGUAAUAAAAUGAAAUGACCCGA